AUGUCCACCCCAUCGGCAUCGCCUGUCAAUGGGGGUGAUCCCCAACAGAACGAGUCUGCGCCCGUUUCCACUUCAGCAGAAAAUGUAAAGAUGGCGACGACGACCGCAACGGCUGUCCCAGAGACCUCGGCACAACCUGCAGACAAGCCACAAGCGCAACCUCAGCAACCGAAAGAAGCAAUUGAUGAUGAUGACGACGACGACGAUGAAUCGGACCUGGAUGAAUUGGACGAUGUCCUCGACGACUUCAACAAGCCCAAACCCGCCCCCGCCCCCGCCCCCAUCGCUCCAUCUCAGCCUGCGACCGCACCAGAAGCCAACGACUUCGAUGAAGAAGCGUUCAUGAAACAGCUUGAAAAAGACAUGGCGAGCAUGAUGGGCCACGCUGCUAAGGAAUCCGGGGCACCUGACGACAAGGGUUUCGAAGACACCAUCAACCAGGGCGCCGACGCCUUCACGAAGCAACUGGAGGAGAGCGGGAUUCCGCCCGGUGACUUCCUCAAGCAACUUUUGGCGGAUGUGAUGGCUGAAGAAGAUGGUGGGGAUGCUAGCGCUGGAGCUGCUGCUGCGCCAUCGACCGGUAGUUCUGGGUCUUCGUCUGGUGGGGCUGGAGCUGGAGCGCCGCCUGAGUCAUUUAAUGACGCUAUUCAGCAGACUAUUAAUCGGAUGCAGGAGUCCGGAGAUAAGGCUACGGCGGCAGCGUCAGAAGAUGAUGCGGACGAUAUGUUGGCACAUCUGCUAAAGGCUCUUGAGACAACCGGCUUAGAUGCUGAUGCGGACGACGGCGGUAUAAUGAACGUAGUUGCAGCGAUGAUGGAGCAGCUCUCGAACAAAGAAAUGCUCUAUGACCCGAUGAAGGAGCUUGAUGGGAAGUUCGGACCCUGGUUGGUGGAGAACAAGGGCAAGGGGAGGUUUUCCGAUGAGGAAAUGGAGCGGUUUGAGAAGCAGGCGACUCUUGCGUCGCAAAUUGUGGCCAAGUUUGAAGAGCCAGGUUACACGGAUGAAGAUGCUAAGUGUCGCGAGUAUGUGUGGGGGAAGAUGCAGGAGAUGCAAGCUGCCGGAAGUCCGCCGGAAGAACUCGUCGCGAAUCCGUUUGGGAAAGACCUUAAAGGUCCCGGGGGUAUGCCGAUGCCGGACUGCACCCAGCAAUAA